UAAACCAAGUACAAUCCCUUGAAAUAAUCGAUUUUCGACCUACGUACGCCUUCGCAAAGACGACACAGCGCCGGCGCCCAGCGUCAUCUCGAACAGACGACUUAAUAGCACAGAAAUUUCAGAGGGCUAGGUGACGGCGUCCCAUAGCCCAAAUUCCUGCUGAAUUUUCUAAUUGUUCCGCGAUCGACGUAUCACAGGAAGCAAUGCUGUGAACGGCCUCUUCUGAACACCAGGCCAUGCCGUGGCCGGGCGUACCGUUACGGAUCGCUCUUCUGCUCCUGGUCGCCACCGUCGGUCCUCCGGGAGUCCGUUCUGAGGGUAACGUCGGCUGUUUGUUUAGCGAACGGCUGUGCCUGGAAGACGAAUGGUGCUUCGACGAUUACGCUUUCGGCCGUUGUUUGCCACCAGCUGCGGACGUAGACGAAGACGACUUAUACAGAUACAAUCUCGAGAGGGAAGUCCUGCACCAGAUAAGCCGGGAAUUACGGCGACUGUUCGCUUUGGGCUACCGAUGGAGUCACGGAUACACGCAAUGUCGGCUGCAGGCGAUGUUGUACGCUACCAAGCACGACAUCUCGUUCGAAAACAACGCCUGCUCCCACUUGGUGGACCAAGACCUGGAAGGCGCCCUCAAAGCUCUGGAAGGACAGGAUCCCCUGGACCCUCGAGAAAUGGCCAUCGUCAAGUACACUCCCAGCAUUGAAGAUCCUCAUGCCGAUUUCGCCGACGAAGUCUACUACCCGCCGGUCGACGACACACCUCAACAAACCAUCCGAGAGAAAAUUCUAGCCCCUAACGCUGUAGAUCUUUUCGACAUGGAAGACCCUUACGCACAAGUCGUUAAACGAACCUGGAUUCCACAGAUGCAUCGACGUUCCCCGCCUUUGGGUUACUUUAGCGAAAACUACAACACUCCCAACGAUUUUAGAGCAGGCAGAGAGUCUAAAGACGAUCUCGAGUAUCUUCCCGAAGCCGACGAUUUGACGGUUGACGACCUGCGCGAGAUGUACCCUCUGGUCAAGUAUUUGAGUCGAGUGAAUUUGAGUCCGGAAGAGGUCCAUGAGACUUUAACGCCAGACGAGUACGAAAAGUUAUCGAAGUUGUUGGACGAGAUCGAAGAAACGAAUAUGAAGCUGCGCAACGAACAGGAAGAGGAGGAGGAAGAGGACGACCCUUUCGAGAAGUUCACCUUGACUUACAACACUCCUGAUAAUUUUCGAGCAGGGUGGGAAUCGCGGGAUGCUCUAGCUUACGGUGACGACUUCCCAGAAUCGCGAAUCUACUUUGACGAAAACGACGAGUCGAACGAGGAAUACGGGAGCGGGUACAACACCCUACCUGGAGGCGUGUUUAGAGAACUGAAGAACAAAUUCGAUCACGACAAUAAUUUUAAUACCAAAGAAAUUUUUAGGGAGCUGCAACACAAACACAGGAGCGGGCCCGGCGUGUACACGGAGGGUGGAGUGGUCUACGCUCCGCGCUCUGACGAAGAACGCGACAUGAGGGAAAAUCUUGACAAGCUUCUGACUAACUAUAAUGUGGGGUUUAAGAGACCAGAGCGGCUCGAUGUUAAGAAACCUGGGCCACGGUUCGACGCACAAAUUCCGGACGGCAAAAGAGCUGUUCCUAACCUUCACGACAACUUUCAUCCAAGGAAAAUGUACCCGCACGAAAUGGUCAGCGAGGCGGCGCCUCAGGAGUCCUACAUCGUGGAUACGGAUUAUGUGUACGUCGAGUUCGAGAACAACGUCUACAAAUGGGCCGAAGGUAAACAACUAAUCGGCAACAUCUCUAACCUUUUGGGAUUAGAACCGUCAGCGUUCAGCCACGGACGAGUGGACCAUAAUGAAGUUACUUUCAAAGUGGAACCGAACAACAAAGGGUGGAAUUCGACUCAAGUGGCCGAGCAAAUCGGUUUGAUCAAGGAAACUCUUAAGGACGCAACGGGCAUCGUAAUCACGGCAGCUGGAAUCGGAGACAAGACGAAAAUGAGAACAGUAAUAUCAUCCCCAAUCUACGACAACGAAUUUUACAUCGUAAUCUUCAUGGUGUGCGGCGUAUUAGGGGCGAUGAUAGUCGCAGCAACUCUCUUGAUCCUGAUCAAACGGCAUCUCAAAUCCAAGGAGAAAUUGCAAGGCUUAUCCCGUCCAGACACCGAAGCUAGUAAGGAUUACCAAGAUUUGUGCAGAGCCCGAAUGGCCACUAAAGGACAACCGGUCGGCGAGACGGUUCACGGCAGGAUAACGUCGCUGUCUCGAGAAUCCGAACAGAGUCCUUCGAGCCGCUCGAGCACGUCUUCUUGGAGCGAAGAACCGGCCCUGCACAAUAUGGACAUCUCGACCGGUCACAUGGUCUUGAGCUACAUGGAGGAUCACCUGAAGAACAAGGACCGCCUGGAGCAGGAGUGGGUUGCUCUGUGCGCUUACGUGGCCGAACCCUGCGACAUCACCAUCGCGUCGAAGAAAGAGAACGUCGAGAAGAACAGAUACAUGGACAUCGUCCCGUACGACCACGCCCGCGUCGUCCUCAACGAGUUAUCCAACGCUUCGGGCUCCGACUACAUAAACGCUUCCAGUAUUACGGACCACGACCCCCGCAAUCCAGCCUACAUCGCCACCCAAGGACCGCUCCCGCACACCGCACCCGACUUCUGGCAGCUGAUUUGGGAGCAAGGAGCCGUGGUUAUCGUCAUGCUGACCCGGCUCACGGAAGGGGGCGCCGCCAUGUGUCAUCGCUACUGGCCGGAGGAAGGCUCCGAGCUCUAUCACAUCUACGAAGUCCAUCUCGUCAGCGAGCACAUCUGGUGCGACGACUACCUGGUCCGCUCCUUCUACUUAAAGAACGUCCGCACCGGCGAAACCCGAACCGUCACCCAGUUCCACUUCUUGUCCUGGCCGGAGUCCGGCGUCCCGGCUUCCACCAAAGCCCUGCUCGAGUUCCGAAGGAAAGUCAACAAGUCGUACCGGGGCCGGUCAUGUCCGAUAGUCGUCCACUGCAGCGACGGCGCCGGCAGGACCGGCACCUACUGUCUCAUCGACAUGGUGCUGAGCAGGAUGGCCAAGGGCGCCAAAGAGAUAGACAUCGCGGCAACGCUCGAACAUCUGCGCGACCAGAGACCUCGCAUGGUCGCCACCAAACAGCAGUUCGAAUUCGUUUUGACCGCCGUCGCCGAAGAAGUCCACGCUAUUCUGAAAGCUUUGCCACCGCAACCUUCUCCCGCUCAGGCUGAUAAGGACAAACAGUAAACCGAUCCGUUCCAAGCGAGCAACUCCCAACAACCAGCCCUGUUAGGGGUUACUCGACUCCGCUUUCGGACCUGACAAAUUCUUCAUCUUCGCACACGUACCUUGCUGUUGGUUUCACAUGUCUGAUUACAUAUCCAUCGAUUUCGCAGAUCUGCUGAUUUAUUUUUCUCACGAGGUUACAGAGUGUCCAAGUUGAUGUUAUUGAGAUAUGUUUCAACCUAUAUAAUUAUCUGUAAAGAUAUAUAUUUUGUGUAUAAAUGUAUCAACGUAAGAGCUACAGUAUAUUUUCCUGAUCGGUUGGUUACAUCUAAAAGUCAAUUCUUGAAGUAACGCGUUUCCAAUCACGAGCCUACAAUCAGCAACACCUUUUGCUUCGUCAAGGAUGUGGAGGAUCAUUUGUAUUAAUAUUUUUGGUCACCAGCCUCCCAAAAAUGUUGAUACGGAAAAGCUUUGUUCUUCUUCUCUUCCUCGUCUUCUGUUUCGUCCUUUUGAUUCUACUCGACGCUUACCAUAAUAAAAUUCAGACUGAAUUUAAUGAGAAAUGUAAACUUUAUUUAUUUUUUAUGGAGUUUUAUUAAAAUCAUAAAGAGGGCUGAAGCGAGGGAACUUUCAUACUCUUAUCAUCAUCGAGGGAACGACUCUGGUUUCAGCCGGUUAUUAUAUUAUGAGAGAUGACAAAAACUUAACGAUUAAACGUUUAAGAGAAUUUAAGAGAAAAUAAGGUAUAAUUACAAAUGUUCUAUGCUAUAAUGUCAACUAACUAUAUUUUGUCAGAUAAUGUUAUGUAUUAAAAUCAUUAAUGUACUGAAUUUAUCUGAAUUAGAAUAGUAUAAUGUAAACUAA